CGGCAGCAUCGCCUUCACCUGUUCUGCCCGCCGGGGACCAGACUUCUAAGGCUCCCCAACUGGCGCAUCCCAGUGCACUCCCAGGAAUCAGUGUGCGCCCCAGGGCUCCACCGCGACUCGUGGAGACGGUCCCAGCCCGUGUCCCGAGGACCCAGGUCCCAGUUCUCUGAUCAUUGAAGCACCAUUGAAGCUCGGCUAGGUGACCCCGUGGAGGCUGGACUUUGUGUGGUGACAGCCGGAAGACUGGAUCACCAGGGGAGUUUUCAGGACGUUAUCAAGGCACUAAUUUUUGUGGCUGCUUCCAGGUAAUAAUGGCUGUGUGAGUGUCCACUAUGGCCCACCGCAAGCGCCAGAGCACUUCGAGCAGCAUGUUGGAUCACAGGACCAGGCCAGGCCCUAUCCCCCAUGACCAGGAGCCUGAUAACGAGGACACAGAGCUGCCUUUAGAGAGCUAUGUACCCACGGGCCUGGAGCUGGAAACUCUGCGGCCAGAGAGCCCCACGCCUGAGGAACAAGAGUGCCACAACCAUAGCCCUGAUGGGGACUCCAGCUCUGACUAUGUGAACAACACAUCUGAGGAGGAGGACUAUGAUGAGGGCCUCCCAGAGGAGGAGGAAGGCGUCACCUACUACAUCCGGUAUUGUCCUGAGGAUGACAGCUACCUGGAGGGCAUGGACUGCAAUGGGGAGGAGUACAUAGCCCAUGGUGCGCAUCCCGUGGACACUGAUGAGUGUCAGGAAGCGGUGGAGGAGUGGACAGACUCAGUGGGCCCUCAUACUCACAGCCAUGGGGCUGAAAACAGUCAGGAAUACCCAGACAGCCACCUGCCUAUUCCAGAGGAUGAUCCUUCUGCCCUAGAGGUCCACGACCAGGAAGACGAUGGCCACUACUGUCCCAGCAAAGAAAACUACCAGGACUAUUACCCCACAGAGGCCAACGGGAACACAAGUGGCACCUCCCCUUAUCGCAUGAGGCGUGGGGGUGGGGACCUGGAGGAUCAAGAGGAAGAUAUCGACCAGAUAGUGGCUGAGAUCAAGAUGAGCCUGAGCAUGACUAGUAUCACCAGUGCCAGCGAGGCUAGCCCUGAACAUAUGCCUGAGCUGGAUCCUGGGGACUCCACAGAGGCCUGUCCACCCAGCGAGACUGGCCAUGGCCCCAGUAGGCAUGAGGCAAGGCCCAAGUCACUGAACCUUCCCCCUGAGGCUAAACACCCUGGAGACCCCCAGAGAGGACUCAAGACAAAGACCAGGACCCCAGAGGAGAGGCCAAAGUGGCCACAAGAGCAGGUUUGCAAUGGCUUGGAGCAACCAAGGAAGCAGCAACGUUCUGAUCUCAAUGGACCCUCAGACAAUAACAACAUCCCAGAGACAAAGAAGGUGGCCUCGUUUCCAAGCUUUGUGGCUGUUCCAGGGCCCUGUGAGCCAGAAGACCUCAUCGAUGGGAUCAUCUUUGCAGCCAACUACCUGGGCUCCACCCAGCUGCUCUCUGAGCGCAACCCCUCCAAAAACAUCCGAAUGAUGCAGGCUCAGGAGGCUGUCAGCAGGGUCAAGAGGAUGCAGAAGGCUGCUAAGAUCAAGAAAAAAGCGAAUUCUGAGGGCGAUGCUCAGACACUGACAGAAGUAGACCUCUUCAUCUCUACCCAGAGGAUCAAAGUUUUAAACGCUGACACACAGGAGACCAUGAUGGACCACGCCCUGCGUACCAUCUCCUACAUUGCAGACAUCGGGAACAUCGUGGUUCUUAUGGCCAGGCGCCGCAUGCCCCGGUCAGCCUCUCAGGACUGCAUUGAGACCACGCCUGGGGCCCAGGAGGGGAAGAAGCAGUACAAGAUGAUCUGUCAUGUGUUCGAGUCAGAGGAUGCCCAGCUGAUAGCCCAGUCUAUUGGGCAGGCCUUCAGUGUGGCCUACCAGGAGUUCCUGAGAGCCAAUGGCAUCAACCCCGAAGACCUGAGCCAGAAGGAAUACAGUGACAUCAUAAAUACGCAGGAAAUGUAUAAUGAUGACCUCAUCCACUUCUCAAACUCGGAGAACUGCAAGGAGCUGCAGCUAGAGAAGCACAAGGGUGAGAUUUUAGGAGUGGUGGUUGUGGAAUCAGGUUGGGGCUCCAUCCUGCCCACUGUGAUCCUGGCAAAUAUGAUGAAUGGCGGCCCUGCAGCUCGCUCCGGGAAGCUGAGCAUUGGGGACCAGAUCAUGUCCAUCAAUGGCACCAGCCUGGUGGGGCUGCCCCUUGCUACCUGCCAGGGCAUCAUCAAGGGUCUGAAGAACCAAACACAGGUAAAGCUCAACAUUGUCAGCUGCCCACCGGUCACCACAGUCCUCAUCAAACGUCCAGACCUCAAGUACCAGCUGGGCUUCAGCGUGCAGAAUGGAAUUAUCUGCAGCCUCAUGAGAGGGGGCAUUGCAGAGAGAGGUGGUGUCCGCGUCGGCCACCGUAUCAUCGAGAUCAACGGACAGAGUGUGGUAGCCACCGCCCACGAGAAGAUAGUCCAGGCUCUGUCUAACUCAGUGGGAGAGAUUCACAUGAAGACCAUGCCUGCGGCCAUGUUCAGACUCCUCACGGGCCAGGAGACCCCACUGUACAUCUAGGUACACCCAGCCUCUCCGUGCAGCAGGGACACCAGGGACCCACCUGGGCCCAGAGGAGCCAGAAGCCAGGACAGAGCCCUGACCCCUGACCCCAUAGCCCAACCAAGAACUCUGGCUCCCCUGAAGGGUGUGUCCUCAUCACCUAGUUUUUUCUUGUUUUGGUUUUUGGUUUGGUUUUGGGUUUUUGUCACAAAAAAAAAAGAAAGGAAAAAAAAAAGGUAUGUCCUCACCAAAAGAGAGUCGAGGGACAAUCCUCUGUAAAACUUACCGGUCCACUGCCACGUUCUCACCGUGGCUGAUGAAGGGUGCUCACGGGUAGUUCUUUCUGUGUGGCGUGCUGUGUCUUCCCUCCUCCCUGAGGCUGUGGAGUGUGAGUGUGGUGGCUGCCCAUGAGGCUGUGGUGCAGCUGCAGCCGUCUCUGCCCUUUGUCUGGGACACCUGGGAUCCCACCCGGUCCUCAAGGGCCCACAGCGGGCGUUGCCUCCAUCUGCACAGGGGCAGCCUGGCUCCCAGGAUGAGGCUCGAGCCGAGUGUGGGAACCUGUGAUUGAUUGUAAGUAUUUACACAGCAAGGGGAUACUCCUGAGUUAAAUAAAAAGUGAUGGUCACCAUGUCAAAACUCCAUAUUUAUUUAGCAAAGAUUACUGUUUGGACUUUGACCUUGGCAAAGCCAUUCUUCAGAGGGUUAGGUUUUCCAAUGACCUGUGCCCACAGCUGCUUCUCCUCUCCUAGCCUGUUCUGAGUCCCCCUAGGCCCUGUGAAUUUCCCUGGACAUCCUCACUUUGACUCCUUCUCCACCACGGGGCUCCCUAUUGGGGAACAUCAUCCUGCCAGGAACAAGGGCAGAAGCAUGGGAGACAUCCCUAUUUUAAAAAGUCUACAUAUACAUAGACACACACACACACACACACACACACACACACACACACACACACACACACUGUCCCCAACAAAGCAAGCCCACACCAGAGAAUCCCACCUCUGUCCUGAAGGAGCCAGUGAGAGUGCAAAUUACUUGUCAAGUGAGGUGCUCGGCCAUCAAGCACAGAGCAGUGUCAGUGUGUGGAUUAAGGAGCCCAGUGGCUGACUCAUCUCAUUAGCGAUCAGUGUGCACUGACAUCAUUUUGUCUGGCAGUCUCUUUUUUUGGCUCAGGCCUUGAAGAAUACACUGUGACUUAAGAAGCCUUAUUACACAGUAACUAAAGCUUUAGGAUUACUGUACUGGAGGAGUAACCUGUGUGUUGCAUGCAGCUGACCCUAGGAAGACUUCCUGCAUAUCGCUAAUAAACCUGAAGUUAUGACAGAAAA